AUGGGACUGCUACAAAGAUUAUUCUUAUUUAAAAUUUUCAAAACUCGGAAAAGGAACACCCGUCUAAUUACUCUGUUGUUUGGCUGUGCCUUUUUUGUGGGUCUUCAUUACAUUCUCAAGUGGGAAGCAGCAGACAGUCAAGCAUUUUUUCAUAAUCUGGACAUAAAAAUUCCCAAGAACUUUGUCCCAGUAGGCAUCCGAGAAAGAGAAACAUUCCCUUCUGAAGGAGUCCCCCUUAUACCUAAAAUAAUUCAUCAGACUUGGAAAGACAUCCAUAUACCUCCUGAAUUUGAAGUAUGGAUCAAGUCCUGGCUGGAAAAGCAUCCGGACUGGGAGUACUGGCUGUGGACUGAUGAGAGUGCCAGGGAGCUUAUUAAAGAUAAAUACUCGCAUUUGUUGGACAUGUUCGAUGGCUACACAGAGCCAAUACGGCGGGCAGAUGCCUUGCGUUAUAUUGUCUUGUAUGAGUAUGGUGGAGUUUAUGUUGAUAUGGACAUGGAAGCUUUAUCAUCUCUAAACCCACUGAUACUGAAAUAUUCAUGUUUUAUUGGACAAGAACCAUACGAACACCCAGUUAUUGAUACAAACUUUGAACAACUUUUAAUCAAUGCUCUGAUCGGGUGUCGCAAGGGGCAUCCUUUUAUUAAGUUAUUAGUCGAUAAUCUACUUUCUUUUUCAAUCAUGUGGCAUUAUUUAGACAGCACGGGUCCUCACUUUGUCACGAUGAUAUACCGACAGUUUCAGUCGCAGAAUCUUCUACCUGCUGAUCACAAAGAUGGCGUCUAUGUAGCGCCAUCUGAAUACUUCUACCCGACCAUUGAUCCUGCAAAACUCCACUACAUGUUCACAAGAUGCAGCAAAGAGAGCAGACUGACUAAGCUGCAAGUUAAAGCAUGUAUCAAUUUAAAGUUUAAGAGUGUAAAAGAGAAUAACUAUGAUCCUCUUUCCAUAGCUUUUGCUAAUCAUCACUGGUUUCAUACUUAUCUGAAGAACAUGUUGCCAUCUAGGAGAUAUAAGUCAAUAUUCGAUAUUGUAUCCAGGGUUAAAAUUUAUGAAUAA